ACGGAACUGAAUGCGGCGCUUCUGCCAGCGCAGCCAUCACGCACAGGUCACUUCUGUGAAGGCCACAGCCAAGCAGUGCCAGACGCACACUGAUCAAGACUUUGCCUUCGACAAGAUUGAGGUUGAAGACCAGGAGCGUGUGGACGACAUGGCCGGAAUCUACAAUGACGCAGCCAUCAGCGGGGACUUCCAUGGUGCUACCUUGGACAUGUAUGGCAACCCCGUGGGUGGCGACUUCGACCUGGCUCGGGACGGUGCCUUUGAAGGGUUCAAGAUGCUGGUUCUGUGUGCAUACCAUCAAGAGGGCCUUCCACAGGACUUGCAGUCUCUCACAAUACCAGAGCUGUCGAAGAAGGGCUUCAACGUCAAGGUUUGCAUGAGUGUCGACGAGCCCACCCGUGAGCUGCGGCAGGGGUCGUACCAUGUUGCUUGGAUUUUGAGCUCCACUGAAUUUGUGGGUGAUAAAGAAGCCUUCCUGACAGAGGUUCAGAAGUUCCACCGGGCGGGCCGAGGCCUGAUGAUUUGGGGCGACAAUCAUCCGUACUUUGCUCAUGCCAACCUUGUUCUGGAGAGGCUUUUUGGCUUCAAGCUUGAAGGCAACACGCCCGGUGGCAAGGAACUUCGCCCUGGCAAUCCCUUGCAAGCCGGUUGCUUUGGGGAGUUUCCCACGAUUUGCGCUGGCAUUCUCAAGCUCCAUGAAGGCAUCACCGCGUGCCGCAGGACUGGAAGGUCUUUGGCACAUCCUCAAACUUAAACCACAAACCUGUGCUGCUCGCCAAGGAAGCCUCCUCAGAGCGUGCCGGCAAAGCAGGGACAGGUCGAGUCAUCGUGGGCAACGGCUUCACAAAAAAUUACAAAAGCUGUUGGACCACCGCAGGAACGCCUCGCUAUGUCAGGAAUUGCUCGGCUUGGCUUGUAUUGCGCGAGCGCUUCCGCCGUCCCCAGUGGGGCUUCAACCCUUCGCCGACGUAUCAGGGCGGAGCCUGAAGAGAGAGUGUCUCGAAGAGUCAUGUCUUGUCGGAGUGCAUGUGGACAGAGAAUUCUCCCAGUUUUGGCUCCGAGCCAGGCACGAUCUGGUUCCAACAUUUACUUGGGAGUCCAACAGAGACGACCAACCAAUACCUCACCAAACAUAUGGUUGCUUGCUGCACAAUUCAUGCC